GUUCUGGCAAGAGCACGCUCGCUUUCGAGUUAGAGCGCCGCUGUCGAGCCGCAGGCAUCGCUACCACGCUGGUGGAGCAGGAUUGGUACCGCCAGAGGAGUUGGGACAAUCGAACACCCGACGGCUUCAGGACCUGGGAGGGAAAGCAGUUUACCGACUGGGCGAAGCUGGAGGAGGCCGUGGAGGAGGCCGUGGCAUCAGCCCAGCGACAGGCUGACGUCAUCAUCGUAGAAGGCUACCUGCUCCUCGAUUGCACCCGCAGCCUUUUCGAGCGCUUCGACGGCUUCAUUUGGGUGGAGAGCACCAAAGCGCAGUGCCGAAAGCGUCGCUGGCAGGUGCCGCGAGAUUGGCCCGAUGCGGUCGCAUACGUCGAUCGCUGCGUUUGGCCCGUGCACGAGGAGUACGCUGCCCGUGUAUCGAAGCUUUGCCUCUUCGAUGCCGAAGACACUGCUGAUCUCAAACAUGGGCGGCUGCAGAAUUUGGUCCAGUCGCCAGCCCUCUGGAUGGCACCAGAGCAGGAUGCUGAGCAAAGGGCCGACAGAGCAUUUGAGUGGCUCCGUGCUUUCCAUCCACCCAAGACGGAGCCAGCCGAAGGGGAGCUUUGUUAG